CCCGGAAGUCCGGAACUCCCGGAAGUGACGAUUUAAAUGUGGAUCAUGUGACGAGGUUGGAGAUUUGCUGCUAAAUUUAAACGUGCAAGCUCAUCUUCAUCUGUUCUUAUUGUCGCUGUGCUAAGAUACCGAUUGCACACGAGUAUUUCUACUUUAAUAUUGCUGGAAAUUAAUUAAUAAUCAGAAUCGGAAUGCGUGAGCGAAUUAAAACUAUAAAGCGAUGUUAUAAAGCUUUACAAUAUGAGAUCAACAAGCAGGAAGCACUAAAGAAGAUAUCUACCUUACACUAUGAGCUGAAAUUUAAGGAUACUAAUCAUUUUUCAGAUAGAUUCUUACAGACAGCAUCUAUAAUAAAAAAGAAUCUAACUGUUUUCAAAUCUGCUUGUGAUCAUGUGGAUAUAGUUACUAUCAUUCUUGACUUCUUGCACACUAUCGGUGUGAAAUUUAUGUUUGACGAUGAAUACACUUUCGAUGAAAUUAUUAUAAUAUGUAUUAUGGAUUUUGUAUGUGAGGAACCUGAGAUUUCCUCAUUUUUGAAAGCGGCCCUUAUCAAUAAUUCAAGGUUGGAACAAGCAGAUAACGAAUAUGAAGUAUUAAUUUCAAAUUGCUUUUAUGAGAUGAUUGUGUUAGAAGAUUCAGACUUGUAUGCAGUUAUUAGCUAUUUGAGGAUUACACCUUCUUUCCUGUUAAAGAUAAAAAAAAUUUACGUCCAGGAAUCAAUAAAACAGAAAUUUGUAUGGCUCUUAAAAAAGUAUUUUCAAGGUUUUUAUACAUACACGGAUUUGCCUAUUUCUACAUUUCAUACAAAAAAAGAAUUAUAUUCGUUUCCCUCAUAUCUUCAAAGUCUGUAUUCAAUCAAUAUGGUGUCUAUAUGGUCAGAAGAUAUCACAGCUGCAAAAGUAUUAGCAACGACUUUACGCAGAGAUAUCACGUUUAUAAAUGCACACUUCGAGUUUUGUCCCAAUAUCACGUUUUCUUGGAAAUGUCUGACUUCUACUUUCGAUUUUUGCCAAUAUUUUGACAUGUUGAAGGAUAAAGAUGAAAAUAAAAUAGACCCAAACAAAUAUACAGGUUUAUGUUAUGAUCUUUUUUAUGAUGGUUUAUGGCAAAAGCCUGUGAAGGAUACGUAUUGGAUACAUAAUGGCAAUACUUAUGCAAACGCAACAAAGGAAGAUGUGAUGUUAUGCGUAGAAUCAAGCGCGGAAGCAUCCAAAAGUUGGAGUAUUUUGCCUUUUGUUUCUAGAAAAAAAGUAUUAGAGAAUCUUGCAUCUACAUUAGAGUGCAAUGGCAAAUUUCUAUUAGCAGAUACAGUAUUGAAAUGGUUAAAAUCAUCAAACAUUAACAAUACAUUAAAAUGUCAAGAUGAAAGAUUAGAACUAACCAACUUUCGUGGAUCGAAAAAUGUUGUUAGCAUUUUUCAUCCAGAUGAAGUUGUAUCGUUCGGUUAUCUGACAUUAUCUUUAAUGAUUGGCAAUUGUGUCAUUGUGCUAUUUGAUAAACGUUCGUGUUCUUUAGCACCAUUUUUCAACAUGUUUUCAACAGCUGAGAUACCUCCAGGCGUUAUAAAUUUGUUGUCGAGAAGAGAUUUGUCUGAGUUUAUUUGUGGUGUAAAUUAUGAACCAGACGAAGCGUUCAAGCAUUGUACUUCUAUAAAUCAUAUUAUACUUCCUCUUAAAUAAUUUUAU